AUGAUGCCCCAACUGGAUCAAUUCACUUAUUUCGCACAAUUCUUCCGGUGUUGCCUGAUCUUCUUCGUUUAUCAUCUCCCCCUAUGCAAUGAUGGAGUACCUAGGCUCAGCAGAAUUCUAAAACCACGGAACCGACUGGUUCCACACCAACGGAGGGGGGACAACAUCCCGAGCAACGACCCAAACAGUUUGGAAGAUAUUUCGGUAAGAAGUUUUACCAGUGGUGCAUCCUAUAUGGACUCUAGUUUAUUCGAAGUCUCCCAGUGGUGUGCCGCCGACUUACUGGGGAGGAAAAAGAAAACGUCUAUAUCCCGUUUCGGAGAAAUACGUGACUUGCGGGGAAUGGACGGAAACAUCCGCUAUCUGAUUCCGAAGUCUUCAUAUGGCACAACUCCCAAUCCUCUACCUGGAAGGAGGACACCUUGGAGGGAGGGCAUAGAGCUAAUCCAUGUUUCACACAGCCAAGUUCACUUUAUGAUAGUUUGAAGGGUUGUUAUCAGGGUUCAUUCAAUGGAUCUGCAGAGGUGGGCUAAUCCAUAUAUGAUCCAGUUCGUCCCGCCAUCUGUCACUCAUCGAUUGCACGCUUGAAAAGACGAAUCCGGUCAGAGUCAUUCAAUGGCGGCCUUUAGAAUAGUAGGACCCUUAGAAUAGUAGGGGCCCUUUCUCACCAUAGAAUAGUAGGGGCCACCCACCCCUGUUACGUAUAGAAUCUGGGUGGGGGGGCCCCGGGGAAUUAGAAUUCUUUAAUACCAAACCAAUGCCCCACUCUGCCAUAAAACUCUGCUGUGGUUGACCAUCAAACGCGUGUGGGCGGUUGGAGGGCCGUAAGGACAGGUCACAGGGGUCCUCACGCGUUUGGUGCCGCGGCAAUGCCGCCAUUCGAGCGGCAGUUUGUUGCCAAUCGGCGGAGGAGGGCGGAGAACCAUUCGGUGGGAAUAGGGGUUCUACCGGUUGAA